AUGCCUAUCGUACCUACUGCUGUAUUCCUCGCUGUGCAAUUCGACUAUCUCAUUGUCGGCGGUGGAACAAGCGGUCUCUGUGUUGCCGCCAGAUUGAGCGAAGACAAAAGUGUCCUAGUUGGCGUCCUUGAAGCGGGAAGCUAUGACUCCGAUCUGCCCGAGAUUGCAGUCCCAGGGCUGGUAGGGCGUACAAUGGCUCAUCCUGUUUAUGACUGGACAUUUUUUAGCGAACCACAAGUUCACGCGAACGGCAGGUCAAUAUUGCAGUCUCGCGGCAAAGGACUAGGGACACUUCGCCCAUCAAAAGAGGAGCUUAACGCUCUCGAAGAACUUGGAAACAAGGGAUGGAACUGGAAUUCUCUUCUAGAAUCGAUGAAAAAGAGCGAGCACACCCUUCAGGAUGAUUUCCGCUCGGAUAACGAUAAAAUGUUUUCCAUUCCUCCAGAUCCAGAAUUCCACGGACACGGCGGGCCUAUCAUAAAGUCACUAUUCCCAGCAUCCAUCCCUCCUAUACAUGCGGCCUUGUUUGAUGCAGCAGAAAAUCUAGGUGUGGCAAGAUGUGCCGAAACAGGUCAUGGUGUUGUGCUUGGUUCGAUGCCUGUAUUUACGACUAUCGACACUCGUACCGCCACUCGGUCGUACGCAGCAUCAGGAUAUUACAAACCCAACGCUGGCCGUUCAAACUUAUUGAUCCUUACUGAAGCCCAGGCAACAAAGGUCAUCCUGGAAGACCAAGAAGACGGCAGGAAAAAAGCUGUUGGUGUUGAAUUCAUAAAGAAUGGCAAUUGGCUAUCAAGCUCAGUCCGGAAGGAAGUGAUACUAUCUGCUGGAUCAUUCCAAAGUCCCCAACUUCUCGAGCUCUCUGGCAUUGGCAAUCCGGAGAUUUUAAACACGCAUGGUAUCAAAACGUUAAUAAACCUUCCAGAGGUUGGCGAAAAUCUGCAAGAUCAUACCAUGGUCUUCACCAUCGCAGAGGUUGACGAGACCAUGGAUACGAUGGAGCUCUUACUUGAUCCACAACAGCAGCGAAAGCAUGCCGAACUUUACAAAAACCAGCGAGGCAUGUUGGCAUCCGUACCUACAUCGGGGUCCAUAUUUCUCGAACCGUCAAAGCUAGGCAAUGCAGAGGAGCUGCAUGCCUGGAGGGACCUAGCUGAAAGCCAAUGCAGCUCCUACUUGUCGAGUAUCAGAUCUCCUGGUCUCAAGAGGGGGAUUCAAAAACAAUACAAGUUACAGAGGGAAUGGUUCUCCUGCAACAGACAGGCUGAGGGUGAAAUUAUAUUCUUCAAUGGACAUUACCCUUCUGCAGAAUUACAACCCAAGUUGGGAAAGCGAUAUCUCUCCCUCAGCGCUGCCCUCAUGCACCCUUUUUCUCGUGGCACCGUUCACAUAAAAUCCGCUAAUCCGUUGGAUCCACCCGCGAUUGAUCCAAAUUAUUUUGCGAAUGAUGCUGACGUAGAGAUGACGCUACGCAUCCUUAAACUCGCGUUCAAACUCCAAGAGACUGCACCGCUGUGUGAUGUGAUCAAGGAGCGCGACGAAAACUUGAAGGGAUACAUCAAGAACAUGUUCAGUUCCGUUUUCCACCCUGUUGGUACGGCUGCCAUGAUGUCCCGCGAGCUUGGGGGCGUGGUAGACGAUAAACUCAUAGUGUACGGGACGUCAAAUCUUCGCGUGGUUGACCUUUCCAUACUCCCCAUGGAACUAGCAUGCCACACACAGUCUAUUGCCUACGCAAUAGGUGAAAAGUGGGCAAGGGGCAAUUCUGUGCCACGGGAAAUACUGCUGGGGUUCGGGAAAGAAAGUUCGUCCCUUAUCUACGACUUGAUGCCUCCAUUCGGCUGUCUCCUUGGUUAG